CUCGAUGAUCCUCUUUCAACUUAUACGGAUAUUUUAGCGUCAAAAGGGGUUAAUGGGAAAUGGCUGGCGACUGUGUCGCCAUCCGACUUAACCUUAAUUGGAAUCGAAAAAAUUGGACAUCAAAUUUUAUUAAUGGGAAGAAUUAGACAUAUGUUAAAUGAGUUCUCAUCAUUCGAUAAUGAAAAUCUGCAAGUUUUGCUGUUCAGGGUCUCGAGAACUAUCGCAUAUAUUGUUGUAACUAUUGAAAAAAUGUUGAAAAUGUAUGAGCGACAGCAAGAGAAGAAUUCGGACACUUAUCCUGGCAUUCAAAAUGAUUUUAAUGAUCUCGCUACUCAGGUUAUUCGUGGUGUUCUAAAGCUAAUGACAGCCGUCAUACAUGUUGCGUUGCCCCCAUUUUCUUCUCUUCCUGACAUGGUAGUACUACGGCAGUUUCUAUUGGAGCGUGUAAUGCUGACUAACAGAGCUGCUCAGCUUGCAAUCGGUUCAUAUAAUAUAAAUACUUUUCUUGAAAUCCGUAAUCAGGUUAAAUUCGCCUGUUUUUAUCUUUAUAUCCAGGCCAAGGGUGUUUUUGAUAGGCUUGAAGAAGUAAAUCAAACCUGCGAAGAUUCUAUUCUGUUGACUCCAUGCGGAUUUGAGAUGGUUCAGAUUCGUAAACCAGACAGUGAUGAAUUCGUUAGUUAUCCUAUAUUGCUAUACUGA